GACAGUCGUGCCGACGCGACGCCCGCGUCCAUCAGUACCCCCCCAUCUUACAAUCAAACUGUAGCAUCGUAGUGCCAGAGUGGGGCUGUUCCAUCAUUUUUGGGCCCCCUCUGUCAGCCCUUUUGGCGUUUCGUAUAAAUGCUUAGCAGAAAGUGCGUGCGGCGAUCAGUGACUGUACGACAACCGCGUGGUGGUUGUUCGUGGUGGUGUGUUUGCUACCCCCGUCCCCUAUUGGAUGUUUAGGAUGAAUUUGAUUGCGGUACUUUGCGCGCUGUUGCCAGCAGCUCUGGCCCGACCAGAGGCAGGCUACAGCUAUCCCAGCGGCGGCGGAAGCGGUCCCAGUGCCGGUGGUUAUCCCUCUGGACCCGCGACGUCGUAUGGUCCACCAGCAGGAGGACCACCAGUUGUCCAGAAGCAUGUAUACGUACACGUGCCACCACCGGAAACUGAUAUACCAGCACCAAAGAAACCGCUUACGGUGGCACCGGCGCAGAAACAUUACAAGAUCAUAUUCAUCAAGGCACCAACUCCACCAACCCCAACUGCUCCAAUAAUCCCAGUACAACCACAGAACGAAGAAAAGACCCUUGUUUACGUACUGGUCAAAAAACCAGAACCAGAACCGGAUAUUGUCAUCCCUACACCUGCACCAACACAACCAAGCAAACCAGAAGUAUACUUCAUCAGAUACAAGACGCAGAAGGAAGAAGCCGGUGGCUAUCCAGCAAGUGGUCAGCCGGAGACAUCCUAUGGCGCUCCCUCAGGAUCUGGCCCAUCCAGCGAAUAUGGCCCGCCACGCAGUUUCUAAGACCAACCAUGUUCAACAGAGGAACAAGCUGUACAUUUUGUAAAUACUUCUCAUGCCAGUUACCCUCUAGUAUGUGAUAAGCUGCAGAUAGAAUACGGUGCACAAAUGUAUUUGAAACGUAUGUUUAGGAAGCUCUAAAAGAGUUAUAGUGAUAUUUAGUGAUGAAUAGUGUGAUGUUUUGGACUGGAGGUAUCUAAAAAUACGGCGGUCACUAUAAUAAGAUAAAGUUAUACACAUUAGACGUAUAAUAACUUUGUGCCUGAUGUAUGCACAAUAAAGUCAAGUCAACGUCAAAUCUAUACUUUCACAAACGUCACUAAGAUUUGAUUUAUUAUUAUUCAUUUACUCCAAAUAUAUAGCGUUUUACACCCACCUUUGGUGUAGCCCUACACGAUGUUACGAAAUGGUAUCGGAAAAGGGCUACAAAUAAAAAUUGCUCUGAAAUGUUAUACUUACUACAGUUCGAUGUGACCCCACCUUAAGAAGUUGUUGUCUGUUGGAAUACUUUGUUUUAUUUUUAUUAUCAGUUGCUGCAAUCAUUGCUAAGCAAUGCAGAUAGCUGAAAGGUAUUUUAUACACAUAUAUGUUAUAUAUUUUGUAUACACUGUAUGCUUGUGUUUUAUAAAAUUUUAUAAUUUUUUAAUAAAAUUUGUUAAAAUACA